UGAAUGGCAUCGGCGGAUCAGGCUUUGUUUGAAUCUUAGUCUAAGGUUUAGUGAGACCCCUAUCCCACUGAGAAGCUUUACUGACAUAUGUCUCCUCAGCGAAUCCCCUUUAGUGCUUUACUGGAGCUGCCGGAGCUUGUUUUCAGACUCUCCCUCUCUCUCUGUGAGUGUGUAGGAAUUUGAGGAGCAAGCCGAGAGUUUGGAAGCUCAGUCUGAAUGGUGUUUAACACUACCUUAUACCUCAGGGAAUUACUGUCUUGGCUGCGUGUGAAUGAGAGUGUGUCCAUCUUUCUCUUGAAGGAGUCAGUAAGAAGCUCCUGACGAAAAGUACGAGUGUUUUGAGCAUAUCCUUCAUCUUUCUCUGGCUGGGAUGAGGGGGCUCAGGAGUCUCAGUGUUGGGCUCCUGUCGGCCUUCUUCUCCACCACCUUUGGUCUUUAUUUCCCUCCUCACGUGGAGCAGCUGCCCACCAUCACCGCUCAGACCUCAGGCACUAUCAUCGCCCUACCAUAUGAUGAGCGAUACAUAUUCAAGUGUGAAGCCAAAGGAAACCCAAGACCUACGUUCCGCUGGACAAAAGAUGGGAUGGAUUUUGACCCACAUAAAGACCCUCAGGUCACUACAGAAGAAAAUACUGGAACCUUUGAGAUACCAAAUAAAAAAGAUAAAGUGAAAUACCAGGGAAAGUACAGAUGUUACGCCUCCAACAAACUCGGAACUGCAACUUCAGAAGAAGCCGAAUUUAUUGUGCCUAUGGUACCCAAGUUUCCCAAGGAGAAGAUAGAGCCAAUUGUGGUCACAGAGGGUGAUUCGGUGGUUUUGGAGUGUAACCCGCCACAAGGGAUUCCACCCUGGCAGCUGUACUGGAUGACCAAUGAUCUCCGGCACAUUGAGCAGAAUGAGAGGGUGUCCAUGGGCCUCAGUGGGAAUCUGUACUUCUCUAAUACGCUGGUGUCAGACAGUCAUGAUGACUACUGCUGCUUCGCCUCCUUCUUCAAAAUACGCACAAUCGUCCAGAAACCCCGCAUGGUCCUCAAGGUCAAGCCAGUUGAUGCAAAGCAAGAGGAUGGUGAUGCCAAGAUUGUUCAGGAGAGGAAGCCAAGCAUCUUGGUUCCCUCCAGUCAUUCAACGACUUUCCUGAAAAAAGGAGAAGAGCUGGAGCUGGAGUGUAUUGCAGAAGGACUGCCUACACCGGAGGUAGAAUGGAUCAAGAUAUGGGGUGACUUACCAAAGCGCACGCAGAUAAAGAACUUCGGAAAGCUUCUGACAAUACCAAACAUCAGAGAAGAGGACGAAGGAAAAUACAUGUGUAAAGCCAAGAAUCAGCAUGGUGAAGAUGUGCAUCAUUUCCAGGUCGAAGUAGAGGAGCCACCGAGCUGGCAGAAGGAGCCGCUGAAGAGUCAGUUAGCAUGGAUUGGAUCUGACAUCCACAUCAACUGUUCUGCUACCGGAAAACCGCAACCCACAAUCACCUGGAAAAGAAACGGCAAGCCCCUCGAUGAUUUCCCUUCCACCCAUCACAAAAUGCUUGACGACAGAAUAAUCAUACUCAAAGCGGAGCAGAAAGAUACCGCUGUGUACCAGUGUGAGGCCUCCAACAAACACGGCAGCCUACUGGCCAAUGCUAAUGUGCUAGUCAUGAAUCACCCUCCUUUGAUUCUGACGAGGAAUUAUCUGGAGUAUGCAACCAUGUUGGGCAAGAGUGUGAUUAUGGACUGCAAUGUCUUUAGUUCACCACCUGCCACCCUUAACUGGAGAAGAGAAGACCCAGAGGGCUCUGUAGAUGGAGAGAGAUAUUCUCUGCUGAAGAAUGGCUCCCUGCAGAUUCACAAAGUCGAGAUGGAAGAUAUGGGCCAGUACAAAUGCUUGGCAAACAACUCCGAGGGCACUGCAAGCAUCACCACUGAACUUUUCAUUAAAGAUUCCACUAGGAUCGUGGAGGCUCCUCAAGACAUGAAGGUCAUCCGGGGAUCUGUGGCCGAGCUGGAGUGCCAGGUGGAGUGCGACCCGUCUCUGAGAAGAGAGCUGGAGUUCGUUUGGCUCAAAGAUGGGAUAAAUAUCCUCUCGAACUCCUCAGAAAGGUAUUUUACAGAUGAAGGAAUUCUUCAGAUAUUCAACGUGAGUCACAGUGAUCAAGGGAAUUACACCUGUAUUGUUCGAACAUCACUGGACCAAGAUACAGCUUCUGCAUACAUAACAGUCUUAGAUGUCCCCGAUCCUCCGGUUGAAUUAUUGCUCAGUGAUCUGAAAGACCGCAGUGUGAAGCUCCAUUGGGUGAACACCAGUGAUCACAACAGUCCCAUAACAGAGUUCAUCAUCCAGUACGAAGAGAGCCACUGGGAGCCAGAGAAGUGGAAAGAUCUUCUUCGAGUGUCUAGCAGGAAGUUCUCAGCCCCCUUGGCUCUGUACUGCCACAUUAACUACCAGUUCAGAGUCAUUGCUGUCAAUGAAAUAGGGAGAAGUCAUCCCAGUAUGCCCUCAGGAAGAUAUAAAACACCUCCAUGUGCUCCUGACAGGAACCCAGAAAACAUUAAGAUUGAGGGUCACCUGCCACAUCAGAUGGACAUCAGCUGGGAGCCGCUCUUGCCGGUGGAGCACAACGGUCCCGGUCUGGAAUACAAACUGAGCUACAGGCUCCUGGGUGUCGAGGACAGUUGGAAAGAGCAGAUGGUAAAGAGACACUCUUUUGUGGUGCGAGACACCCCGACAUUCGUCCCCUAUGAAGUCAAAAUCCAGGCCUUCAACCGCCACGGCUGGGCACCAGGACCCAAAGUGGUGACUGGUUAUUCUGGGGAAGACUUCGACAUUUGGCAUUGUCUCGAGGGUGAUGCAACAGUGCCCUUGGUGGCUCCCGAUAACGUAUCUGCGGAGGUGUUGAACUCUACACUGCUGAAGGUCAGCUGGUCACCAGUGCCCCAAACCACCCUGAGGGGCCAUCUUGGAGGAUACACAGUGAACUACUGGCAAACUCAGAGUCUGUUGACCUCUAAGAAAAUUCCCUCAGAGAGACAGUCUCUCACCAUCCCUGGAAACAGGAGUCACACCAUGGUGCCAGGACUGAAACCAUUCUCUGAAUAUAGUCUGACUGUCAACGUCUUUAACCGGAGAGGGAAUGGGCCCAGCAGCAGUCCCAUCUCUUUCACAACUCCACAGGGAGUUCCUGAACAACCUCAUUACCUGAAAGCCACAAACUUUCAGAAAGACGCCAUCACACUGGUGUGGGCGCCUCCGCACGAAACCAACGGCCAUCUCACAGGAUACCUUCUGCAAUACCAAACAGUUGUAGAUAAUGAGACUCUGGGUGAGCUGAACUCUGUGAACAUCUCUGGAGCAGACACGACACAGUGGGUUUUGCGUGAUCUGCAGGAAGACAACUCAUAUAAGUUCUACCUGAGUGCGUGCACGCAGGUGGGCUGUGGGUCAGCCAUCAGUGAGAAAGGAGGCACCGACCCUGCAGCAUUUACUAAGCCUGAAUAUUCAUUUCCAGAAGUUUCUACAGUCUCAGCUUGGACAGAGAGCUAUGAACUGUCAACAUCUGAAGUGACGACAUCUGAGUUGAGGCAACCUUUCUCUUUCACCUCGUCUAAUACAGACAUUCCUUUUGUAAAUGCCACCUUUUCUACCUUAGUCGUGCUCAACGUAUCGACCUUUGUAAGAGACACUUCUGCAAGAAUCAGCUGGAGAACCAGAGGAGAGCAUUCAGAUUCACAGCUCUAUGUUGCUAUAAUGAACCACCGUGAUGGUAUCUGGCAGCUUUCAGAGGCUUUAAAUACAUCUAAAGGUUUCCAUCUGGUUGAAGGACUCAGCCCAGGAACUGUGUACACAGUCCGGCUGCAGGCUUCACGCAGGGUUGGUGUCCCUAGCAUUUUUGAAGAGGUUUUCAAGACCAGGAAAGCUUCUAGCAGACAAGAGAUGGGAUCUCAGGAGUGGUUUGUGGGGAUGAUGUGCGCGGUGGCUUUGCUAACUCUGCUUGUCCUCAUCGGCUGUUUUGUGCUCAAGAACAAAGGUGGCAAAUACGCAGUAAAGGAAAAGGAGAACAUUCCAGCUGAUCCUGAAUCUCAUGGCAUGGAUGAAGAAACACCCUGUGAAUACAGUGACAAUGAUGAGAAGCCGCUGAAGAGCAGCCAGCAAUUGUUCCGAGACGCCACAGAGGAUGAUCGCAGUGAGGAUAGCUCUGAGAUAUCAGAGGAUGAUGACUGCGAGUUCAAUGAAGAUGGGUCAUUCAUUGGUGAAUACUCUGGGUACAUGCGCAGGACGUCCACGGAGGUCAACGGAUUGAAUGGACAUACCCCAGGAACUUCUUAACAGUGGCCCAAUUUUAUGAACUUUUUAAACAAUUCAACAGUAAGAAAGGUUUUGUUUGAAUGGUGUGCCAUGAAUGUGCCUAUGCUUCUGCGUGAUUGGGCCAGUUUUUCUACAGUAUUAAUAUGAAGGUUGAAAAUUUAUGAUUCUGCGCAACACAAAACAACUGUUUCAAAACUUUGAGUUUUUUAAGCAAAACUUUUAUGCUACUUUUUCCAUUCCAUUAAAAAAAAUCUUCAUCAAAUGUCGGGUAAAUAAGUGUAACCACUCUGAUUUUGCUCUACUAUUAGCAGGAUUGGAACUAGUGCUUCCACCAUGGCAGGUUCAUUAAAAAGGAUGUUAAAGACUGCAGCCUUAAGCAUUAAACAUUAGCACAUCUUUUGACUCCAGGAAUCCGUUCUUCUUACAUGGAUUACUCAAUUAGAUGGAUUUUCUUACUGAUGUUUUGACACGAUCAAACCAUUCUCCUGUGGUCAGCAGGACUAUCAUUUCUAAAAUUAAUAGAGGACAAAGGUCAGUUUAUCCUAAUAAAUGUUCCAUCUGUAUGUAUUUUAUUGGAUGACAAUUUAUGAUUCUGAGCAACACAAAACUGUUUAAAAUCUUUGAGUUUUUUUAGCAAAACGCUCAUGCUACUUUUUUCUAUUGUACAAAAUAAAUGGUCACUAAAUGCCGGGUACACAAGUGUAACCGCUCUGCUUCUGCUCAGCCAUGAGUGGAUUGGAACUUGUGCUUCUGAUAUGACAGGUCCACUUAUAAUGGUUAAAGAAUGCAGCCUUUAGCACAUCUUUUGAGUCCAGGAAUCCGUUCUUCAUACAUGGAAUACUCAAUUAAAUUGAUUUGGUUAUUGAUUUGACAGGAUCAGCAGGACUAUAAUUUAAAAAAAUUUAAAAAAGGAAAAAUGUCAGUUUAUCCAAAUAAAUGUUCCAUCUGGAUGUAUUUUAUUCCGUGACAAUUUAUGAUUUUGAGCAACAUAAAAUAACUGUUUCAAAAAAAACUUUUUUUUUUUUUUUUUUUUUUUAGCAAAACUUUCAUUCUAGUUUUUUCAUUAUAUAAAACAAAUGGUGACUAAAGUGCGAGCAAAUAAGUGUAACUGCUCUGCUCUGCUAUGAGCUGGGUUAGAAAUACUUCCCAAACAACGACAUAACUCACAGCUGAACUAUCAUAGUACGAUGCAUUGUUUGGAACGAUGCAGUGACGAGUGUUUUUCAAAACCCGUAGUUUCUCUAUCGCAGAUCCAUCGCUUGAACCACGUUAGUUAUAUUGUAAAAUGCCCACAAUGAUGCUUUAAACGGGGUGGAGUAACAACUUCUUUAGAGAAGAACCCCGUAAUUUCUUUCUGCAAAUUAUAUUGUAUUACAUGCACACGCAUUAAAAUAAAAUCCAAUAUUAGUUUUGGUAAAAACAUGCACUUGUUAUCUAUAUUAUUUGAAAUAUAUGUAAAUGGCACAUUUGGGACCUAUGUUUACUUUACAAACAUUAUUGAGAACAUUACAUAAAACCACUUACAAAAGCUAACACAUAUUUUAAUAUAUAUGUCAUAUAAAAAAUAAAUAAUGAGGCUAUUUAUCAAGAAAUGACAUGUUAUAUUUGUUAUUUAUUAGGAAAUUAAAAAAAAUCUUACUUCAAUAAUAAUAUUAAUAAUGAUGAUGAUGAUCAUAGAUAUUAGUGUGUCUUUUGAGUCCAGGGGUUUGUUCUUCAAAUGUGAAUUACUAAUUUAGCUGGAUUUUAUUAUUGAUGGAUCAUUUCGUUCCUUAAAACUUAUCAGAGAGUUCUUGUCAUAGGUCUGAUAGCUCAAACCUGCUCAGAACCAGGCUAAAUUUAAUAUAAACCAGAUUAGAUUGUGUAAUCUCAGGCAAAGGUGAUGCUGAAAGUACUGUAUGCACCACCUAAUAUUUUAUUACAAUAGUAACCUAUAUGUUAUAUACACUGUAUUAAAAAGUUAAAGUUAAUUUAAAGAUCAAACUAAAUUUUUUGAAACAAAGGAACAGAAACUACCAAGGGGUGGUACUCACCAAGUGAUUAAAAGUGAACAUUUAUUAAUAACUAUGUAGGAAUAUGGGCUAAUUUCAAGACACCAAUUUGGACUUUUCAAAUCAAAAGGCAUACUUUUAAAAAUGUACAAACCCAGCUUAGUACAAUUUCUGAGAGUGUAUGGAAAUGCACAUGACCAUGCUUUAUAGCCUAUAGACCAUUUUGAGGGAUGUAAACAAUAACAAUGGUCUUAAAGUAUUUGCUGUUUUACAUUUUUAAUAUCUAUAGCUCCUGAGAAUCCUAAAAGGUCUACAUAUUGAUAAAUAAUGUUAAGACCUUUUGUAAAGUUAUUAAAAUAGUUUGACAACAAGCAGCAAAUGUUCAUGUUCCAAUGGCAUCACCACAUUGAAAUGGUCUGUAUGGAAUAACAGUUUAUAGGAGUCAUGCACAUUUUUUGACAGCAAACAGGCAUGUGAUUUGAUGAAGUGCAGGAGUUGCAGACACUUCUCAAACAUCAAAAAUGUUUUUUUUGGUGAAUUUUUUUUUUUUUAACUGCCAGGUAUGCCUUACGUCAUGAUCAAGAAAUUUUUUAAAAGUUUGACUAAAUAAAUAGCUAAAUGCUUGUAAUUUUUGUGUACUGGAAAGUGUAAAGUCGUUUGCAGACUGCAAAUGUGGAAAGUUAUUGCAUAUCAUAUUAAACAAACGGUGUACUACAAAUUUUAAAGAAUUUUGCUCACAUGGGUAAUUGAAUAUUAACCAGAUGAUGUUUUCACACAGCAGUGCUGUCAGCCAGUCAUUGCAUUGCUGAAAAUGAUUUUGAGGAUCAAUAGAUCUCUCCUUCAUAGCCCUAGCAGUGAUCACAGAUCAGUUUGUUCAGUCUUUUAAUCUGAUUCAUAAACUUAUUUAAAGAACCAAAUUAGCCAGAAAUUAACUCAUCUUAGAUCAUUAAGGCAAGGAAUGAAGAUCGGAUUCCAGGGAAAUGAGCUGUCUCUUAACUUUUACUAGUUGUCCUCUGUUAUUCUCCCCUAAAUCAUCUCUUCCUUUCACGGUCAAGCUACCAAUCUAAAAAACUGCAGGACGAGCAAAUUAUUUAGCGGUUUCAUGAAACAUUACUUGACCCAAAAAUGUAGAUUAUUCCCUUUAGAAUUAAUGUGGAUUUCAUGGUUGCGUUUGGAUUAGGUAACAUUUUCACUUUUCCUGCUGAGGAAACAUAAAUAAUUCAUGGCCUGUCACAAAACUGAUAUCUUGACAGCACAAUUUUCAGUUACAUGUUCGCUUGUGUGGGCAAUCACGUAACCUCUCCGCACGCCUCUCAGCAAGAUACUGACACAAUGAGACAAAACAAUUAUGUCCGGACUCUUCAGUAUAUCUACAAAAACAUAUUUCUGUUUGACCACGUGUUUGAUUAAAACUGACAUUGACGCCACAAUGGG